AUGACGGGGUUUGUGCUGGGCGAUUUAAAUACUCCAGCAAUGGAUCUUGGGAGAAUGAUCAAGACCGAUGGAACCGAUCUCUUUGCCGGAUACAUAGGAGCGGCACGUGAGCGCCUGCCUCAACUUGCAGAAACCGUUGUAGAUACUUUCGGACGUGUAAAGGACAUAUUCGAACGCCCGAUGCAGCUCAGGAAACCCGAAUUUGAUACUGAGGUGUUAAAGCCGUCACGCCAGGUCGAUUUGGCCGAGACUCACCGCGCCUCUGACAUUGAAGUCAAACCCGUACCUAAGCAGCGGAUAAAUGAGGAUCUCCGCGUUGAGCAUCUUGCUGAUAUCACAAAAGCGCAGUUCGACGCCACCCAAAGUAAUAAUUUGGGAAAAGUGAACAAACUAAACACUGAACGCAGGGUUACCGGAUUAUCUGCUUCGCCAUGCGACAUAGAGGCUCGUCUGUGUUCUGAUUGCUAUCUUUCGUUGGCUACUGUUCGUUGUGACUCCUGCGUCACGCAUUUUUGUGGAGUUUGUGCCGUACAACGACACUCCGAUGGUAUUAAUCAGACCCACAAGCUCGUCACUGCCACGUCAGGGAAAGAGGCACGGUUGACGGCGUCUGAUGCUCUAUGUGGCGAUCUUUCUUAUGGACAGAUGGCAACACAACCAUCGGGUAGUAUAGUGGGUAAUAUGUACCAGGACCUAACAAUCCAGAUCCGACCUGGUGAGUCAGCCUUUCCCUCAUAUGACAUGUGUGCUGUGCAUUCGGGUCUACCACUCAAAUUCGCAUGUGUACACUGUCAUCUCCUACCAAUUUGUGACCAGUGUGCAAAGGAGGCUCACGUCGGUAACGAACACAAGGUUGUGGAGAUCGAAUCUGCGGUAGCUGAAGUCAAGGCUCUUCUGGGUGAAUGCCUAGGCGCUGUGGUACGUCGCCACAACGACCUUUCGCUCGUUUUACCGGAAUUGCAACAAGUUUCAGACACGGCAAACGCAGGAUUGAAAAAUGCUACACGGUCGAUUCGUGGUGGGCUACAACGCGUGUUGGAUGCACUAAAACUGAAACGAACACUUGGAAUGCAGGAUAUUGUGAACAUGCAACAGGUUGGAUCAGCGGCACUUAAUCGUUUGAUGCACGCUAGUGGCGCCUUAAACAAGUAUCUGCGUGGUUGCGUAUCACAACUCGAAGCUAUAAACCGUAUCCAAAAUCCAGGCAUGGCGCUCAACAUGUUCGUCGAUUUGCGUGCGAAUUUUGAAAAGAUGCUAUUUACUGAUGAGGAGAUACCUGAUCUCGUGUUAGAGGUUCCACAUUGGCAACUCCAUUGUGGCAACCUACCAAAUUUGCUCUCGGAUCAUGAAUCGAGAUUGAAUAGCAACUUUGCUCAGAUAUCGGCACUCGCUUCGUCACUACGCCGACAUGUUCGCGAAACAGUUAGCGACAUCGAGCAGGUUUCUAAAGGUACAUCUAUAGGUCGAAACCAACCCGUUGUCUCACAACAAGUGCGCCGUUAUGCCGAACGGCGUACUCGUCCAGCGGGACCAGCCGUAUGGGUUGAGGGAGCGGAGAACACUUUGGAUAUAGUGACUCAUGCUGAGCUGAAAGGUUUAUUUUUGCGCCGGGAUUCUCAACGCUGUGUUUGGAGGCAACGCGCAGUAUACCUUUGCGGUGUUCGUUUAUUUGUAAUGGAGAGCGAUUUCUUCGCCGAAGAUGUGCCAGUGGAAUCUAGCAUUGACCUCGGUGCUGUGACUAUUCGCAAGUUUAGCGAUCCUGACGUCCUCCAGAUUACCAAACUGCAGCGCAUGGGUCAUCCCAAUGGUUUCGAGGUCACGGAGCACAACUCUGGAGCUAUGCGUUAUUGGCUCUUUACCUGUGAGUCAGACAAGACUGUACAGUUGUGGGUGGCGCGCCUGAACCAGGUGGCUCAGCAUUUGCAGAACGAGCGCGAUGCCGUUACACCUCAUUUUAAGGAGCGUGAGCGAACUGACACACCGCAGGUAGGGGAGGCACCACCAGAUGCUACCCUUCAGAUGUUGCAUCGUGUUACCUGUGAGCCAAGUACCACUGGUUUUGUAGCUGAUCCCGAGGGGGAACAUAGGACAUGUGAGGAAACUCAUGAUGUCGAGUACAUGUACGACGAGCAGAACUUUAAACUUGUCGCGGAGUCGUUACGUAAAAUCAAGAACGAAUCCAAAUCUCUCUACAACAAGUGUUUCCGUGGUGAUAUCGAGGCUGAAGUUGGUCGUUUGCAAGUUGAGCGCAUAAGCCAUCAUGCUGCAUCCUUACCUUUAACCGAAUCGUUGAGUCAAGCUGACGAUGCGUCUAUUUGCACGUCAUCUCCACGGGAAAACGUCUCACGUACAGAGCGCAUUUCUGUAGGGCGAUAUGCGAUGCCGGAAAUGCCGCUGCAACGCUCACUUAGUCGUUGGCUUUCUUAUCGUGGCAGAUUCUUGCCGCUGGGCCGUGCAGCUUUUCGCAAAACGCUUCUUCGUGGUAGAGCCCAGCGGUCGCCGGAAAUACUGUUACCUCCAUGGGUAGCUGUACACGAGCUACGGUUGAUGCUAAGAGUAAACUACCCGGCGUGUUUGCGCGCCUGCGGUGUCUCUGUUGCGCGCGGAAGCUAUAGCUGGAGCGAUGUGGAAGGCCGUCGAUUCCGUACCGACAAUAAAAGACAUGUCCUAGUGCCGUUCGAGGCGGCAGCAGCGGCGAGUAAGAACUUCGGUUUCCAAGCGAUACGCGUAUCACCAGAGCCUUCAACUCCACAGCGAUGUGUAGAUCCACGUGCGAUUCCUGUGAUCGCCAUAGUAGGUCAUAAGGACCACGGCAAGACUACGUUGAUGGAAAGGUUAAGUGGCGAGGUGUUUGCGGCGUACGAACUCGGAAAUACGACCCAGGAGGUGGUAAUUAGAUCGGCACUGUUGCCCACAGAAACCGAGCCCCUUCGGGCUACGCUUAUGGACACGCCAGGUGACGAGUUGUUUGAAAUGGUACGCGGUCGUGCACUCCACCUUGCUGAUGUAGCGGUGGUCGUGCUAUCUGCAGAGGGAGGUGAGACGCAGACUAGGGACCUCAUACUACAGGCCGAUCGGUUUCGUGUCCCUGUGGUAUUUUGCAUCAACAAGGCUGACCUCGAGUUUAGUGACCCUGAAGUGGCACGUGCAGAGCUACGAGCGCAAUGCCUUAGGAUGCAUAGCGCGGGGUUAAUCUCCAGUGGUAUGGUGAGCAACGUGGAAGGCGCAGUGGCGGUGAGCGCCCGCACUGGUGCGUGUAUUUCUUCGCUAGGCACGGGAAUAGUUCGCACGCUUGCAAAUGUUACUUUACCAGUAAACCCGGUGGUCAUGAAAGACUGCUUUGGUGGAGUACCUCUCAGCGAAGUGGAGUCUUUCAUUCGUAGGACCAACUGUCUUGUCAGUACUGGUGCCCCCCCUAUCGCAAUAUGUUUCAUCCUCGAGGUCGAGAGAACACAUUCCUUCGGAGUAGUGCUGACCGUGGUGAUACGCCACGGAGUGCUCAUUGAAGGUGGUUAUUUUGUCGCGGGCACCGAGUAUGGCCGUGUAUCAGGCAUCUACCCAUCGUAUGGUCGGAUUGCUCCUGAUACCAAGGUUGAACGUGCUACAGUAGGACACGCUGUGCGUGUCACUGGCCUCAAAACAGUAUCUGGCACCAGUGCCGAUGAUCUUCUGCUGACUUUGCCACAACAUGAGGCAUUUCGUCUGAGUCAGUACCGUCGAGACAUCCAGCUGCUUCGAGCGAAUCAGUUGGAGGGCCCACCAAUAGAUCUUCCGUGGGCGGUACUUCUUAAAUCAAAAGAAGACGUUGGAUACGAUCAAGACACGACCACAACUGCCAGUAGUUUGGAUGGAGAAAACACAUCAGACGUAGCUGACUCCGGUGAUGAUGUAGAAGAGCUGGGAACAGUUUCAACUUCAAUCUACCUUCGACCAAUAGAUGACGACAUGGUGGAAAGCAGUGGCGAUUUGGAAGCUGAGUUGUGUGCUACGGAGACCGAUAAGGAAAUACCCAGUUCACCGUCGGACUCAGCCAGUAGAGAACAGGAAAGGUAUGAGGAGAACACUCCACAUGAAGCUUGGGUUGCUGAGGUAGCCCAACGCAACGCGGAACUUCAAAAUAGGUGGAGGGUUAAUCUGAAUAGGGUUGAACCGUCUGCUAAGGUGCCCAAGGCACAUGGAGUCAUAUCGCCUCCCAAGGUAACCCUAGAGAUGGGCAGGCCUGUUAUACCUGUAAUCCUGCGUGCCAAUUUCGUCGGUUCGUUUGACGCUUUGCUAGACGGUUUCGAGGAUCUGGAGCGCAAGUAUCACGUUCGCAUCCCGGUAGUUCACGGCGGUCUGGGUGCUGUGGCUCCGAAUGAUGUUGUACAGGCGGACGUAGGGAACAAAUUUGGUUAUUGCCCUAUCUAUGCCUUUCAGGUUCCUGUACUUACUGACGCUGCCAAGCAUGCGGUGAUCAACCAUGUUACUGUGAAGCAGUUCAACGUGUACUCUGACCUCUUGGCAGACGUUGAGAAGCGGUGCGAAAGGGCUGUGCGUCUCGCCAAUGAAGCUCGCGAACGAGAAUUUUUGACCAAGUGA